AAAAAAAAAAAAAAAAUCUAACUAAAGAUAAUCUAUUCCCACCAAGAUUCUUCAGGUAUAAAAACCGCCAGAGAGCGUAAAACCAUUUCAUGACGGGCAAAGUCGGACCCGGAUACAUGGAGCCAUUAGCGGAUCUCGAAAGAACCCAAACCCGGAUCCUCCAACGAAUAACAGACCUUGAACUCACCGCCGACCAGUCCUCCGAUUCCUUCCCUCUCUCCUCUUCCUCCUCCUGUUCCGCCGGCGCCGGCGCCGCCGACGACACUUCCACCACCGAAGGCCGGCUCUCCGCCAUUCUGAGAAGUAAAGGCGUCAGGGACUUCAGUUUCAAACGGGUCCCUUCCGAUUACUACGAUUGGACGCUCGAAGCCCGCCGGGACGUCCUGGGCGCAGCUUCUAUCCAUCAUAUUUGCAAAAGCAUUGUAUUGGUGAAUAAUCGAGCACCAGCACAUGUUACUGACUGCAGUGAUCGCAACAAUUCAAAAUAUUAUGUUGCUAUUGUACAGUAUACUGCUCGGUUCAAUGCUGAAUUUGUGAAGAACUUUCUGUAUGAAUUGAACAAUGGCCAGAUAUCCAAGAAGAAAUUUAAUAGUGAGUUGGUAGAUGUCAGGUUCAAUUGAUUUCUAUUUUCGUUGUGGAAAAUGAAUUUGAUUAAGAAGCAUGUAGACAGAAGGGUUAGAAAUGUGGAAAACUCCCAUGUUUUCCUAAACACUUGAAAAUUGGCAUUCCAUUAGUCUCUGUUUAUGCAUGUGCAUCAAGCUUUAUUGUGUACAUUGAAAUUGAAAUCCUAGUGUUGACAAAGUGAAAACUUCAGCUUAGAGUGGAAGAUGUGCAUCUUACUUGAAGCUUUUUUCGAGCAUUAGUAAAAUGUAGAAGUAUGGUAGAAGAUUGCAUGGAUUUUCAGUUAUAAAUCUAGAAGAUGGGCGUUGCAUAAAACCUGUUUUCAAAUACUUUUGUCUGGUUAAAUAAUUUUGCAGCUGUAAAUUUUUGUUGAAAUAUGCACCCUACGAACAGCUUCAAAUUAUGAUUUUUAUCUGCAUUUUCUGCUCUAAUUGGGUUGUAACACCCUGCAAACUGCGAAGUGUCCUUGCAGUAAAUGAGGAUGUGUACAUGUCUGUGUGUGCAUGUGUUUUUUUAAUAAUAAGUAGAAAAAAAAAUUUGGCUUUACUUUAAUUGCUGAAGAAUUGUUUGCCUGCACUAUAGUAUCAUGUUUUGUACUGUGGAAGAUCUUAUUAGUGGAUUGUCAAUUACAGGGAUCCGUGUUGGCCAUGUAUUGGUUCUGUUAAAUUUGGAUUUGUGUUGCUGAACUUUGAAAUACUUCCCAUAUGUCCUAAAUUUGUUUAUUGGUUGUGAGAACCUUUUAUUUAGAUCAGAAUAUUUGGUGCUUAAAUUACAAUGAAAACCAGGAUGUUUUCCCCUUAACAAAAGGUACCAAGAUGAAGUCGCCAUUUCUGGUUGUUACCCGUUUUUGAGAAAAUUUAGCCAGUGGAGCAGGAUGUCUCAAAUAGACUUCCUACAUCUCAGCUGUAAAGAUCAGAGCAGUUCGUAUCAUUUUUUUGUGCAGAAGACAGAAGUUUCCGCCAAUCUUAGAUUAAUUCUUUGAAGAAAUAAACUAGGCUUAAGCAUGGUAUAACCGUGUUAUAAUGUUCACUGAUCCAUUUAGGUUAAAUUAGAGGUACGUCUCCAUCAAUAUGUUUAUUUUGUCGUAUACAUUCAUUUGAGUUGCUUUGAGCAGCUCAUUAUUGUCUUAGCUUUAGCAUAUCUUAUAUCUGUCAACUUAAUACUGGUCCUCCCCUGUCUUGUUUGUAUUAUUUUGUGUAGAAUUCAGUGAGAUAAUGAUUCAUGGUUUAUUUCUAUACAGUGAGACUCGCUCCUGAAGAGAUAUCAGCAAAGUUGACUGGUUAUGAACACAAUGGGGUGACAUGUGUUGGCAUGAAAACAGACAUACCGGUAGUUACUAUCUUCACUGUUCCCUGUUUUAACAUGCGGCAUUCAUAAGUUUGAAUAUGUUGUACAGGAUUAUUGUUGGCACCAAAGUAAUUGUUUUGAUGUGUAAACCAACUCAUUACAUCUUGUUGUUGUAACUAGUCUAAUUUUUUGAUUGCGUCAAUUAGCCAUCUUUGUGAAGUUGUUUGAUUGCUUUCAGUAACCAUCUUUGUCAAAUUGUUUGAUGGUGUCUAGUAAACCUCUUAGCCACCACAUGAAUAGCUUCACUUUCAGUGAGGGACCACCACUUCAUUUUUCUAGUGUUUGAUAUGACCUGAACAACUUGGGUCCUAUAUUUGAUAAUUAGGGUCAGGUCUCCUGUCUAUCUUGCUAUAACCCAUGUUUUGUUGGAAAGGAUACUCGCACCAAGGUCCCCCAUGGUUCAUGUUUAGAGGAAAAGUGACUAUUAGGUAUGAGUUUCUUGUAAUCAUAGUAAGCCCAGUAAUGAAUUGUGCAAGUUGUCUUGCUUCCCACUGCCCUAAUACAUCAGUUUCCUAAAAAGUUAUCCCUCUCUAUAAGAACAACUUGGAACUUUUACACACUGCUUAGCGACGCUUGUUUUGCCCAUGCCGAAUUGAUUAGUAAUUUGUUUUUUCUUUCCUAUGUGUAUACAAACCUUACGACUCCGAGCUAUAUGAUAUAAAACAAAAUAAUAUUCAUAUUCUAGUCAAUUUCCCAUACAGCAUAUUUUACCAACUUAGGAGGUUUUGAAAAACCUUGCGAUCGGGGUAUGUUAACUGAACUUUGAACGUGCUGAAGUUUCUUUUUUGCUAAGAGCAUUUUAACUGUUUGAACUUUGAGUAAAGUCCUCAAAUUUAACUGAAUGUAUAUGCAAUUACUUGAGCUGCUUUUUUAGUUAUCACUUAUUUCAAACAUCAUUCAACAUGAGAUGCUUGACCCGUUCAGCAGUUUGACAGCAUUCUGGAAGGGUUGUGAUUACAUGUUGCUCUCCCCAUCAUUGAGUAGCAUGCUAAUAAGUCGUGUUUCUGAUGUAAGGAGAUUGAUGAUACAUCAUGAUAUUUUCUCAGGUGAUUUUGGAUGAAGCAAUUGUGAAGCUUAAUCCUGAUUUCUUUUGGUUGGGAGGUGGUGAGAUUGAUCUGAAACUCGGAAUAAGGACCAGUGAAUUCAUUGAUCUCAUGAAGCCAUUUAUUGUCAACUGCAGCGAUGCAUCACCCAGCUGCUAAUCCCUAUCUUAGGCUGCAGCUAAAACGUCGAUUGGAUUUAGCCAUUAUUGCCUAGAUAUUCCUUUUCAGUUUGCCUCUUUUCCCCUUUUGGAGAACUAUAGGACUUACACAGACGUGUAUUAGUGUCGUACUGAUGAUAUUUGACUAAUGCAUUGCAGUAGCACGACAUUCUUGAAUCGAAUCUUUGAUGUUCAGGAUGAGCUGAAUUCAUAUAGGUUUAAGCUUUCGCUGUCAUUGAACCAAAAGUGCAUCCAAGUUGCAUUUGCCUAAUUUAUUGCCAUGGAGGCAUUAUAUAUGAAACAUUAUUGCAUUGUAU